AUUGUCAAGUAUAUUGACUAGCAACCAGGAUAACAAGCGAAAGAAACUACAAAUCCCAUGAUUCGGUUGGCGUUUUGUGGGAGCGGCUGUAAGGGCGGGAAAAACUACACACCCCACAAUUCCAUUCGCGCUCAAUCGCUCGCUCGCCUCAUCAGCUGUUGUGCUAGCAAGCAGGCAACAGCAUCCUGCAGCUCUUGUGCUAAAAAUGUGGUUUUUAUUAUUCGUCGCCGUCUUCGGCGUGGCGACGUUAUUGGUGCUUUUAUUUGCGACUCACAUACGAUAUGCAGCAGGAGGCGUUUGCACGUCUUCGGCUCGUCUGGAUGGGAAGACGGUCCUCAUUACCGGGGCCAACACCGGCAUCGGGAAGGAGACGGUCCUGGAUCUGGCAACACGAGGAGCUCAGGUGAUUAUGGCGUGCCGGGAUGUUGAUAAAGGCGAGGAGGCGGCCGCUAGCAUCCGGUUCUCUUGUCCAAAAGCACAAGUGGAGGUUCGGGCGCUGGACUUGGCCGACACGUGCUCGAUACGAUCCUUUGCACAGCAAUUCCUAAGAGACUUCACUCAUCUCCACGUCCUCAUCAACAACGCCGGGGUCAUGAUGUGCCCCUACACCAAAACCAACGACGGCUUCGAGAUGCACAUCGGAGUCAAUCACUUAGGCCACUUCCUGUUGACCUCCCUCCUCAUCGGCCUGUUAAAGCGCAGCGCCCCGGCGAGGAUCGUGGUGGUGUCGUCCCUGGCGCACAACUUUGGAUGGAUCCGCUUCCACGACCUUCACAGCCAGGGCAGCUACAACAGCGGACUAGCGUACUGCCAGAGCAAGCUCGCUAACGUGCUGUUUGCUCGCGAGCUGGCUCGCCGCCUUAAAGGGUGCAACGUGACGGUGAACUCGGUCCAUCCCGGCACGGUGAACUCUGACCUGACCAGGCACUCCACCCUCAUGAUGAUCCUCUUCAGCUGCUUCUCCAUCUUCCUGAAGACCCCUCGCGAGGGCGCCCAGACCAGCGUCUACUGCGCCGUGGCGGAGGAGCUGCACUCCAUCUCUGGAAAACACUUCAGUGACUGCGCCCCCGCCUUCGUGGCCCCCCAGGGCAGGAGCGAGGAGACGGCCAGGAGGCUGUGGGACGCCAGCUGCGAGCUCCUCGGGAUCCAGUGGGAUUGAUUAGAAGGAGGGCUUUAAGCUCCGCCCAUCCGGGACUGCUAUUGAUGGGAAGCUAUAUACACGCUUUUGUUUCGUCACUGGGGUGGGGGGAUUUGGGGGG